UCAAAGCGUUUGGUGCUCGCAGCGGAAAAACGGUCGUGGCACCCAAGCAAUUUAACAAUAACACCAACAAAAAAGUGAGGAAAAGCUGGGGAAAAACUUUGAAAACGGGCGCGAACAAGUGAGCAGCGGCAAAGGCAGCGGUAGCAGCGGAAUCAGCAGCCGAAGUGAAGUAGCGAGCCGAGCGCAAACCAAAGUGCAAAUGAAAAAGUGAGAAUAAAUUGUGAAUCAAUCCAAUCAGUCUGGACAAACAAUAAUAGAAUGCCGGAUACUGGACUACGAAGGAAAUUCGCCAGAAGCUGAAUCGAGGGAAGGAUAAACUUUUGGCCCGCUAUGCCCAGGAAUACGGAUGCGAAUUCAUUCGGCGCCCGAGUUGAACAUGUGCCAAAGCUGCCGGCAGCUCGGAGCUGAUUCUGGUAAAACCGCGACGGGGGCGACGAUGCCGCUACAUUUCGGCCAACUUGAAUAAACAGGCGAAACGAGGCGAGGAAGGGGGGCGAGAGCACAUACCACCACCCACUCACCCACUCAAUCACAGAACCGGCCGCAGGAAAACAAACAAAUAAUCAAGGGGGAGAGCCAGCUCGCAUUUGGGAAAUGGCCGCGCCCAUCGACGAGAGUGUGCUGAAUGCACUGAGGGGCGUGACCUCCGCCCACACCCGCCUCCCGAAGCCGCUGCUCAUCAAGAUCUACGUGGCCAGUCUCAAGCAGGAGUUCAACCAGGAGCGCCGCAUGCUCCUCGAGCUCGUCGGUCCGGAGUUGCAGACCCUCUACGAUGACCGGCAAAUCGAGCUUGAGUUCGUGGACAUGCACUUCGGCACCGGCGACCUGGAGGUGAACCAGUUGGAGCGGGAUCCCUACUUGAUCCACGACUACCUGCACGAGAUCGACACCUGCCACGCCCACUCGAAGAGCGUUUUCUUCAUGGUGCUCGUGGGCGAUGGCAUCGGUCGCCAGCUCCUGCCGACUCAUUUGGACGAGGACAUCUUCUCCGCAGUCCUUUCAGAUCCUCAGACCACCGCUGACCAAGAGGCUUUCGUUUCUAAAUGGUACGAAAAGGAUGCAACUCAGUCGAAGCGGCAGCUCAAACAAGAUUAUCGCAUGCUGCCCUUGGAUUCUUGGUUAGCGGAAUCGCAAAAGAUGCAGAAAUUUAUGGAGCAAUCGUUGCAAUCUUUGGUCCAAGGAGCCAGUGCAUCUGGCCGAUCUGCGGAUUUUGUGGAGCGGGUUCAAAAGCUGCGACGAACACAAAUCGAAAGGGAGGUCACGCAGGCCAUGGCUCACACUAGUGAGAAAAUCCUGGCAGUUUUCCGAGAACGAGCCGCCCAAUGCAGCAAACGGGACGUUGAGGCAAGCGAAAGGCUCAGGAAAAUCAAGGACGAACUCACCAUGAACCUCUCCACGGAUAAUCACACGACUCUGGUGGUGCCUGGCAGUGCGGCCAGCGAGGCCAUCGACCCGGACAACGAGGACCACGAGUCCUACUUGAGCAAGUUCAAGAACAAAGUCACCGACAAGCUGCGCCUGCUAAUCGAGGCGCACAUAACCAAUGAUCCCGACGUAAUCAAGGGGAGGAAAAAGACUGUGCAGGAAAUCUUUCACGAGCACGCGACGCACCUGCGGAUCCUGCGGGAGCACACGGAGAGUGCCGCUCUGCUGGAGUCGCGGGUGCCCCAUCAACUCCGCCAGAACCUGAUGGCCAACUUCCGGAACGGCAGUCGGCAUGCACCGUACUUCAUCUGCGGAGCGGACGGGAGUGGCAAGAGCGCCAUCCUGAGCCACCUUUAUGGCCAGGUGAGCAGCUGGUUUGGCAACACCCGCGUCCACCGGGUCAUCCGCUUCGCCAAGGCCACGCCCCGAUCCGCCUACAAUCUGGAGCUGCUGCGCGUGAUCUGCCAGCAGAUCUCGAUCAUCUUCAACAUCCCAGAGGGCUAUCUGCCCAAGGACGCCUCCUUCGACCCGCUGUACAUCAACACCUGGUUCCAGAAUCUCCUCCGGAGAGUCGAGGACAUGGGCAACGAUGUCCUGUUCCUGUUCAUCGAUGAUUUACACCUGCUGAAUCCCCUGGACUGCGAUAUUGUCACGGCUCUUUCGUGGUUACCCACCUCGCUCCCCUGGAAUGUCCAAAUCAUCAGCAGCUCCACAACUCCCGUGGAGCAGCUGAAGUUCACUCCGAUGCAGCGGGAUCGCUUCAAGUCCGCUGAAUACCAGUUCGAUUUGAAUCUGGGGGACUUCGCCGCCCGGCUGAAGAUUCCGCCGCAAUGCAUUCCGGGGGAUGUGAGCUUCUCCCUCUACGUGGAGCAGCAGUUCGACCAGCUGGAGCGGCACUACGGACGACAGGCGGUGGGCGGUCUGGCCGCCUACAUCACCUGCUCCGAAUAUGGGUUGAGCGAGACGGAGCUGCUGGAACUGCUCAUGCCCACCAACGAUCCGGAGUCGCUGAUUGAGACGAAGAGCGGACACUUCAGCUUCGCCACCUUCAAGAAGAUCCAUCGCGAGAUGGACCUUUUGCUGCUGCUGCACGACAAGAUAAUGUCCGGGAAGGUGCUGAUCCAGUGGCGGCACAACUACUGCGCCUCGGUGGCCAAGCGGCGGUACAUGGACGUCCAGAGGACGCGGAGUCUGCACUGCGAGCUGGCCAACCUGUUCUUCCCGCAGGACGAGGACGAGAGCACCCUGGAGAACGAGUCCAAUCGCAGCGAGACCAAGUCGGUGAUCAGUAUGAAGGAGAAGGACCGCGAGAAGGACUCACUGUCGGCGGUAUCGGCCGUUUCCGCAGGGAGGAAGUCCUCGUCCACGCACCACAACGACGACACCUCCACCUUCUACAAUCCAAUCGCAGCGGAUGUCAGCUACAGCAUGCGGCACGUGGAGGAGAGCUGGCACCACCUGAUGCGAUCCGAUGACACCACGCGGUUCAAGCAGAUCGCCGUCUGCAACUUCGACUUCCUGCUGGCGGCGGUGCAAACUGUAUCCAUCAGCUACCUGCGCUGCUUGAUCGAGCACGUGCGCUGCUACAUCCUGGAUAGGGACAUCGAGCUGAUCUACUACACCAUCCGGAAGUCAAGCGACGUCCUGACCCGCGAUCCCAUGCAGCUGGGCUCCCAGCUGAUAUCCUGGCUGCGUCCGAUCAGCGAGCACGACGACGACGACAACUCGCUGCUGAGCAUGACGGUCCGCUCGGCGACCGCCUGGUGCGACGGCUAUGCGGUCCCGCUCCUCGUCCCGCUCACCGGCUGGCUGCCCGCCCCGCUUCCCUCACAGAUCCGCACAAUGACGGUGAGCGGAACGGGAUGCAUCCGUGCUGUCUGCCUGGCUCCCUCCAAGCAGCACCUCAUCCUGGCCACAAGUUCUGGGGACGUGCAGCAGUGGCACAUUAUGAGCAACUCGCUGGAGCACAUCUUCAAGGGACACACUGCGGCAGUCACGUGCCUCCUGGUGGCUCCCCAGUCGGAGUCGGAGCUUCUGCUGACCGGCUCCGAAGAUGCCAGCGUUCUCGUGUGGCACGUAGCAUACCGCGAGCGUAGAGCGCACAUAAACAACGCCCACACGGCUCCCAUUACGGGCGUGGCAGCUGGCGUCAAUAACACGCUCAUCAUAAGCAGCAGCGAGGAUGCAACCAUCGCCAUCACGGACCUGGCCAGCGGCAAACUGAGACAUCGCAUCACCCAUCACCGCGGGCCGGUGACCGGGAUCCUGGUGGCCGGAGCCUGCGAUGUCCUGAUCUCGGGCAGUCACGACAGAACCAUUUGCGUUUGGGACCUGGAGAACUUCGCCCUGCUGAACACCAUGCAGAUGACAAGUCCUAUUCUGCGCAUCGACAUAUCCUGGAAUUCGGUGUUUCUGUUGGCUUUGUGUGAGGAUAACGCGCUGUAUGUUCGCACUUUGGCCACUGGAAAGGAGCUGCAUACCCUCAAAGGGCACAAAUCGAAGAUCCGAACCAUUUCGAUUGGCAAGGACAGUCAACGAUGUGUCGUGGGUUGCGAUGAUACUCGAGCGCUGAUUUACGAUAUGCACGCAGGGAAAUUGGUGAGAUCCAUGCCACCGAAUCCUGGACCAGUGACGGCAGUGCAUGCGAUGGACAACGAUGACUUCCUGGUCACCGUGGGUGGCAACAAGAUCACCUUCUACUCGUUCCGCAACGAGGAGCUCUACAUCAAUCCCUACUCACGACACCCGCGUCGCAAACGAAGCUUAAAGCGCCACGCGCAGGCGCAACGAUCUCCUUCGACCACCUUGCCCCCGAUUACCUGCUUCGAUCUGUCCCGCGACUCCCAGCAAAUGGCCAUCGCCUCCGGCCGGAAUGUCCACCUGAUGAGGAUCAACACGCCGGAGUACCAGUGCACCUUGGAGGGGCACUCCGCGGUGGUUUCCUGUCUGAAGUUUGCUCCGAAUGGCGAGUUCCUGGCCACCGGUUCCGAGGAUCGAUUGGUGCACAUCUGGAACUUGGCUCUGGGCGAGAUCAGCCACACGUUCAAGGGCCAUGCUGCCCCGGUGGUCAAGGUGGUGGUCCUCAUGGACUCCUUGCGGGUAAUCUCCACGGAUCGGGACUCCCUGCUCCUGGUUUGGAUGGCCCACUCGGGCAACCUGCUGCAGACCAUCCAAGGUCCCUACAAAAGUAUCGCCGUGACCAACAACAUGCGCUUCGCCGUCUCCACGAACGGGGACAACACUCUGAAGAUCUGGUCACUCACGCAGGAGGACGAGAAGUACUCCGUAUCGCACUCGGAUGAGAUCACCUGCUUCGAGAUCAGCGCGGAUAGUGUCCACAUCAUCAGCGGAUCGCGGGACAUGUCCUUGAAGGUCUGGCAGGCGACGGGCGGCAAACUCAGCCAGGUUUUGGUGGGGCACAGCGAUGCGGUCACCUGCGUCGCCGUUUCGGUUACCAACAAGACCCAGGUGCUCUCUGGGUCGAAGGACAUGAAUCUCAUCAUCUGGGACCUGCUCACCGGGGAGGAGGUGCACACGCUGGCAGGACAUCUGGGUCCUGUCAUUGGAGUCAAAGUUUCUGCAGAUGGAUCUACUGCAGUUUCUGGAAGCGAUGACAAGACUUUGAUCGUCUGGGAAACCAAACGUGGAUUGGCUUUGACCUCACUGCAAAUGCACGUGCCCUUCACCCAUUUCGACAUCAGUCUGGAGGUGUCUCGAGUCCUGGUCCAAUUGGUGGACAGCUAUAAUCUCCCCGUGAUCUGUCUGCACAACACUCCGGCGCAGUACGUCAAGCUUCCCACGUAUUCGGGUCCCAGCAAGGAUGUUGAGGAUCUGCGACCGCAGGGCCCCAAGCGGCAGAUGAAGCGGCUGCUGAAGAAGGAGGUAUCGCUGGACACGUACACCUGGCAGAAGAAGUACGGCCACCUGACCUCCUCGGUGAUGAUGGCCCAGGUGGAUGAGCGGCUGAAGCGGCGCUUCAGUGUCUCCGCCAGCAUGGAGGAGAUCUCGAAGAUCGCGGAGACGAAGACGGGGGCCUCGCAGGCGAAUCUGGGACCCGAGCAGGCGGCUCUGGCCCAAUCGCAGCACUUUGACCAACUGGAGGCGCUGUGGAACAAGCGGUCGCCGCCGAGAAGACGCCACAAUGCGGGUCUCUCGAGGCAAACCUCGCUGGUGGAGGACCGCCUCGAGUCGUCCGACGAUGAUGAGUACCAGGACGAGCGCGCAGCCACCGCCCACAGUUCGAAAACCAGUUCCCGCAGCUCGCUGCUCCCAUAAACCACAGCAGCCGGAAGAGUAGCCAUUGCGACGUGAAUAACUACCAAAAAAAAAUGCGAAAAAAACAAACAUAUAAAUCCGAAAUAAGAAUCCACUUAGAUAAGUCCCCCCACUCGAUUGGCAUGUCAGUUUGUCCAGUGUUUUCCAAAUCGAAGCUAGUUCACCGUACAGAGCACUUUGCAAGUAACCCACCACAGAACGGCACUCCAAAAUUGACUAAAUCAAAAAAAAAAAAAGAGAACCCAUCCGGCUAAUUUCGGUUGCAUUUCGUUUCUAGAUGACUUCGACGAUUUCUUUCAGUGGGGAUAGGACGUUAGGCUAAGAUAGUCGUAUGUACCACAUGUUAUUGCUAGGGAAUAGACACACUACUUAAAUACCUUUCGAAUGUACGGGCAUACCUCAAAUGCAAAUGCUGAAAAAACCACUUUUGAGAAUUCUACACAGUUUAUAGAGCGUACUCGUAAAAUAGCAUAUUUAUAACCGACAAAAACAAACAAAUAUGAACCCACAACAAAUGGCCAGCUGGAUGCAAUCAAGUAAGUAUGCAAGCGACCUGGUCGAAAAUAUACUCGUGCUCGUAUAGAUGCAUAUCCCUUAGCCGAACCACUAGAGCCAGUCUUUAGAGCUUAACCAUCUUAAUCUUAAUUUGGCCAAGGGCCGCAGCGAAAGCCUUUGCUUUGGUGUCUCGUGCAAGUAACGUUUAUUUUGGAAAUUCGUAUUAGAGCUGAACGUGAACGAAAGUAGAUGAAAGCUAUUGGGCAUGUCUACAGUAUCUGAAACCUAGACCGAUGUCAAUAAUGCCAGCGACUCUAAAGAACCUUUCGAAUUUGUUGUUGUCGAUUUAUGCAGAUCAUUUCGCUUCAGGAGGAGGAGGAUACCACAAGGGAUAAGGAUUGAGGCGGCAGUUAAAUGGAGUCCUUAUCCAAAACGGCAAGCAAUAAGUGGGCAGACGAGCGUAACAAAUAACCCCUUCCAUCUCCCAUUUCCCCCAUUUACCCACUUACCAUUUCACCCUGUAGAUGUAACCAAAGCAAACGAAAACAUAACAUAGUUAAAUCUGAUAAACCACCGUCUCAGACUUUGUAGGAAUUAUAGCAUUAAGCGAGCCAAUUUCGAAAUUUUAUUGUUGUAGAGUGUUUUAUGUACCUACUAAACUAUAGUAAACCCGAGCUAAAUGUUGAUUGUAUUGACACACAAUAACGCAAUAACGCAAUAACUUAGAAUCUGUUCAAACGAGAUGUGCAAAUAGAAGCUCUCUGAAGGGGUAAAAAGCGUAACUAUGCUUAAAAACACAAGUGAAAACGAGUAAACAAGCCCACACACCGACACAAGCACAAAGACACAAGGAAAACAUUGAUGGAUAACUAUGAAAAUAAGCAAAUGUAUAUAAGCUCCCAUGUUCGCUGUAGAAUUAGUAUUACCUCGACCUCAGUUCGAAGUUCGGUUCGAAUGGCACUUUUUCGGGUCACGGCUUGCACUUCCCUUGGAUAUAACUUCAAUAACUUUCUGACAAUCAGAGGUUCUAGCCUGGAACGAAAAAAAUACACACACACACACACACUCAACCACAAAGCAAAUCUAAACUGAGGACGAAAACAGAGGGAUAUUUCUACACUGGAUAGUUCUAUGCAUGCCACAAGUGAAACUUCGUUAAAAAUAAGCAAUUAAUGUCUACGUAGCGUAGUGUAGUGUCCACCUUUGUAGCUGAGCCACGAUCACCAUCUCCCGAGGAACUAUUCAUCUGGAAGCGGAUCGGAUGCGGCAUCGGAAUCGGAUAGCGAUAUCGAAUUAACACUGAUAAAUGUACACCCUGUCUAUGUCUAUUAAAUCGAAAUAAAACUCAACUUUACUGCAAAACAGCAAUCGUA